AAGAAGAUGCUGGAUGUUGGGAAAUGGCCGGUAUUUGCUCUCCACUCGCAGGAGGAGCUAAAAUUAAUUCGCCAGGCCUGUGUAUUUGGUGGUGCUGGCAACGAAGUGCUGUACAUCACUGAAAAUGAUGAGGUUUUCGCCCUUGGCACUAACUGCAGUGGCUGCUUGGGGAUAGGAGAUAUGCAAAGCACCAUCGAACCACAACGAAUAGAUACGUUGUGCGGCAAGAAGAUAGCCUGCGUGAGCUGCGGGACAGGCCCUCAUGUUGUGGCAGCUACUACUGACGGAGAAGUGUAUUCGUGGGGUCAUAACUCUUACAGUCAACUGGGAAAUGGAACCACCAAUCACGUCUUACUUCCUUGCCAAGUCUCCACUAAUUUGGUGAACAAAAAAGUGAUUGAAGUUGCCUGUGGCUCUCAUCAUUCUAUGGUUUUAACAUCAGAUGGAGAGGUCUACGCGUGGGGCUAUAACAAUGCAGGGCAAGUCGGAUCUGGCUCAACGGCCAAUCAGCCAAUUCCACGAAGAGUUACCAGCUGUUUACAAAACAAGAUCGCAGUUAACAUUGCUUGUGGACAGAUGUGCUCAGUGGCUCUAGUGGAAAAUGGCGAGGUCUAUGUCUGGGGUUACAAUGGUAACGGUCAGCUUGGACUCGGCAACAACGGCAACCAACCCACGCCCUGCAGAAUAGCAGCUUUGCAAGGCAUUCGUGUGCAGAGGGUUGCCUGUGGCUUUGCACAUACAUUAGUGCUGACAGACGAAGGUCAGCUGUAUGCUUGGGGGGCCAAUUCCUACGGCCAGCUGGGCACUGGCAACAGAAGUAACCAGUCGUAUCCUGUACCAGUCACUGUGGCUAAGGACAGACUCGUUGAGAUCGCUGCGUGUCACUCGGUUCACACUUCCGCUGCUAAAACUCAGGGUGGCCAAGUGUACAUGUGGGGUCUGUGCCGGGGUCAGUCCAUCACUCUUCCGCACCUCACCCACUUCACCUGCACCGAUGAUGUGUUUGCUUGUUUCGCUACUCCCGCUGUGACGUGGCGCCUCCUGUCCGUAGAACCUGAUGACCAUCUAACAGUAGCUCAGUCCCUGAAGAAGGAGUUCGACAACCCAGAUACUGCAGAUUUGAAGUUUCAAGUAGAGGGAAAAUACAUUCAUGUUCAUAAAGUCCUUCUCAAAAUUCGGUGUGAGCACAUCCGCUCAGUACUGAACAACAAUAACGACGAAAUUAUUGAGAUAAAUGAAUUCUCAUAUCCCGUUUACCGAGCGUUUUUGGAAUAUCUGUACACCGACAGCAUCAGCCUUCCUCCUGAGGAUGCGAUAGGUUUGUUAGAUUUGGCAACCUACUACAGAGAGAACAGACUGAAGAAGCUUUGCCAGCAAACAAUCAAGCAGGGCAUCGGUGAAGAAAAUGCCAUCGCUCUUCUGUCAGCCGCAGUGAAGUACGAAGCUAAGGACUUGGAGGAAUUUUGUUUCCGGUUUUGCAUCAAUCACCUGACUAUGGUUACUCAGACCCCAGGCUUUGCGGAAAUGGACCACGACCUCUUGAAGAACUUCAUCAGCAAAGCCAGCAGAGUGGGAGCAUUUAAAAACUGAAGGACCUUUGCAGAAAAACAGAAACGCCUUUAAACCUAAAGUGCCAAGAUCCUGCCUGGAUGCAGAGACCCCUCUCGUUUAAG